AUGUCUGAAGUCUCCGGUGAUUAUGAUUCCAACCCUGACGAAGAUGAGUAUCCGCUUUUUGAGAGAUUUAAACGCCCGAGGCUUAGUACAAUGUACGAGAUUGUCGAAAUCGAAGCUAUGGAAAGGGCAGACCCACAGCACUCCUCAGAGACUGGGCCAAAGCCAGGGUCACCCGAGUCUGAGGAGGAGGGCUGGGAAGAGCAGGAGUCGGCCAGCGUAAAGGAUGUGCAACGAAAGCCAACCUGGACACCCGAGGACGAACCUCGAGGGGAGAAAGAGCUAGAUCUAUCCACCCCAGCGAAACCGGGAAGCCCCCAAGAGUGGAAGCCAGAGACACCCAGACAGCCUAACGAUGACACGUAUGAGAAUGAAACAUACGAGAACGAAACGUAUGAGCAGGCCCACAUAGAUCCACUAGCGGAGGUCAACCUAGAUAAUACAGAGUAUGAACUCACAGAGUUGGCUACAGAAAUAAGAGGUCCAGAAGCUACGAUUGGUGAGUCAAGAUUAGAAUCACCGGAACAGACCAUACAAGAGUUUACAGAGAAAUUACUUGAGGAUCAAUAUGAAGAAAUAGGUCUAGAACCUUCAAAGAAGAUCACACCAGGUUUUCCAAGUGAGAAACUAAGAAAAUCUGUCGAAGAGAAAGUACAGCCACGAAAGAUGACCAAAGAGGAAAUUGGAAAAGAAACACGAAAAGACUCGAUUGUAAAGAAAAGCACAGAGCUAUAUGAGCAAACUAAACCAGAAUUUCCAGAUCAGAGACCUAGAAAAUCUACCGAAGAAGCAGAUCUAGAGUCUCCAGAAGAGACUAAGUCAAGGGUUCCAGAACAAAAACCAGGAGACUCCACUAAGGAGGAAGUUUCAGAGUCACUGGAAAAGAUCAAACCAGAGCUUUCUGGUGAAAAAUCAAGAAAAUCACUUGACAAAACAGAAGUUCCAAAGAAGACAAGGAGAAAGUCCUAUUAUAAAGAAAAAAGUACAGGGCCACCAGAAGAGGCUGUAUCACAAGAGAUGAAAACAGAUGCUCAAAAGAGGAGGCAAAGAAAGUCAUCAGAGGGCACCAAGCCAACAGAUCAAAAAGAGAAGCAGAGAAAAUCAAGUGAGAUAGGACAGGCAACACCAGAAAAGUUCAAAUUAGAGGAAACACUAAAAGAAUCAACUGAGGAAAAAGGCCAAGAGCUGCCAGAAGAGACUAAAUCAGAGUUUCCAAAAGAGGAUUCAAGAAAAUCAACUGAUUAUCAAAUUCCACCACAGAUGGCCAAACCAGAAUUUCAGGAGAAAACACAAGUAGAGAACAAUCUCAGGUUAUCGGGUGAAGCCAAAACAAGGGAGAAACAUGCAGAAUUUUCCCAGGACAGCAGUUCAAAACAAAUCAAAUCUGAUAGUUCUGUAGACAAGGAUGAGCCUGCACGCCCUGAGUAUCAAAAAAGAAAGAUGUCCACAUUUAAAAAGGGUCAUGCAUUAAGAUCUUCUAAAGAUAGUGAAAUUGAAUCCGUGAGUAUGGAUGAUUCAGACUCGUCUCCAGAACUCCAAACACUACUCUCUUUUAUCAGUUCAGAAUAUUUACAGUUUUAUCACUCAGAGUCUGAGGAUGAGGGAGAAGCCUCUAGUUCAAAGAUUGGUUCAUCUCAAGAAUUGGAGCAGCUGGUUAAUAAAGGUUACCCAUUCGAGCAAAUAAACGACUUUGAUUUUCUGACAUGGAGCCCAGAGACAGUUGCAGAUUGGAUUGGCUAUUUAGGCUUCCCUCAAUACAAGGAGUGUUUUACCACAAACUUUAUCAGUGGCCGAAAACUCAUCCACGUAAACUGCUCAAAUCUCCCUCAAAUGGGAAUAACAGAUUUUGAGGACAUGCAGAUAAUUUCUAGCCAUGUACGAGACCUACUGAAAAUUGAAGAGCCGUUGUUCAGCCGUAGCAUCAGACUCCCCCGUCGGGAUAAUAUUGGCUUAUUUUUAGAACAAAAAAGUCAUACCGGGGUCAAGUCUGACUCCCUGACCUUUUCUGAAUUUGUCAAGGCAGCAGGAUUACAGGACUGUGGUCCACCAGCGACUACCUCUCAAGAGAACCAAGACAUUACCAAAAUGAGCCCCAGAGGAAAGGCAUCUCACUUAGCUUGA